AUGUUAGGUACAAUCUAUUUAUAUAAUACAGGACAAUCAGCAGGAAACUUUAGUUUUAGCACAAAAGCUACGGCAGUUGCUAAAAAUAUAAAUACUAAAUAUUAUAAUUUGCCUACAAUUUCUGAACAUGUUUCCAAACAUAAGAGUGAUUUUUCAGAUGAUGAAUUUGGUCAUUUCUUAGCUGGAUUAAUAGAAGGAGAUGCUUAUUUUAUUAAAAAACGUAUAGGAUAUGGUAAUGUUUAUAAAAUUAAAGAUAAAAAGGCAGUAAGAUAUAUUUGUAAAAAUCUAACAGGUUUAUCUAUUAUUUUAUCAUUAAUUAAUGGUAAAUUAAUAAGUCAUUAUAAAUAUAAACAAUUAAUUAAUCAUGAAUAUAGUGAAGAUUUUAAUAUAAAAAUAUUGCCUCCUUUAAAUAAAUUAACUGGUUUUACUCAAGCUGAUGGUUGUUUUCAUAUUAGUGUUGCAAAAAGUAAAACACAUAAAACAGGCCAUAGUGUAAGAUUAGAAUAUUCUUUAAAGCAAAAUAAUUAUUUACCAUUAAAAUUUUUAAUUGAUUUAUUAAAAAAAGGUAAUUUAUCUCAAUAUAGUUCAGCAUAUGAUCUUAUUAAUUAUUUUGAUAGAUUUAAUCUUUUUGGGGGUAAAUAUGUAAGCUAUUUAAAAUUUAGAAAAGUUUAUAUUAUGAUAACAGAAGGUAAACAUUUAGAUAAAAAAGGUAUAGAUAAAAUUAUAAGUAUUUCAACUAAAGGAUCCUCAGAGACAAGCACGCAAGGAAUUUAA